AUGCUAUUGGAGUUUCAGGAUCUUACUGUCAACAUAGAAUGUGGUGCUCGAUGUUUAAUAACAAAGGACUGCAAAGUAAUAUUAUAUGAACGUUAUCUUGACCGUGGGGAUGAGGGGAUGUGUUCCUUAAUUAGAGCCCCCUCUGCUGCGGACCCUUAUAUAGUGGCGGAUAACUCGUCCAUGUGCUUCAUGGUAGAUGAUGGGAUUUCAGUUUUAACAUCAGAAGAAUUAACAACAAUAACAGAAAUGGCAUCAACAACAGAAACUUCAUCAACCUUACUGACAUCAACAACAACAUUAACAACAACAAGAGAACUUACUUCUGAUACUUCAACAACAACAGCGAAAGUUAUUCCAUAUGCGGAAACAAUCAUAGAUAUGAUAGACAACGUCAAUAACCUAUGUUCAACCAACUCUCAGCACGACAUUGCCGUGGUAACAACAGGAGGCGUCCAUCUCUAUGACAACGCGGAAUCCCUCGUUACCGGAGCGUGCAGGAACAUGACGAUUGAUGAUCUUUUCGCGGGAUAUUCCACAUUACCUGAUGUCACAACAUGGUCUGCUUUGUUGACAUACACCAAUACUUACUUUGAUCUUUUCACAAAUUUUGAUGAUCAAGUAUAUCGUUGGCAGAAAAAUAGCGGGGAUAUAUUACAAGUUUCUGGUUAUCCAAAAACCAAAGGCGACUACAUCCAAACCUCGGUGUACCAAACAGCAACAAAUCUCUUCAGUAACGUUCAGUGGGGAGUCUAUAGGGGACAUGGGGCACACGCACUAUUUUUUGGAGAGUCCUCCACGAUUCGGUAUUACAGAAACCAGUCUCCCCAUGAAGGGAUUUUUUAUAAAAAUGACACUUCAGGAACGGACGAUAAUCAAAGACCAAUAAACCCGUGGUACCAACUGCCAGACAACAUCGUGGCCAUGACUGGUCAGGAAAACAGUAACAGGUAUUUAGUCGUCGAUGGACAUCUCAAUGUUUACUUCUACGAGUUGACUGACCCUGAUGAUUUUAAUACCCGUCCCCCUGUCUGUGCUCUACAAGGAAAACUCAAACUAUAAGAAUGGAAGCUUCGUAGGAGAGUAAUAAUAUGUGGUCAGUGAAAAAGACGAUUCCA